GCGGAGCCAACAGCACGCCAGUGCCGAGCCUGCAGGCGCCAGCGGAGCCCGCGUGGAGGGAGCCGCCGAUUGAUCCUGCAAGAUGAACACCCUGCUGUCCCGGGCCAACUCGCUGUUCGCCUUCACGCUGAGCGUCAUGGCGGCGCUCACCUUGGGCUGCAUCCUCACCACCGCCUUCAAAGACAGGAGCGCGCCCGUGCGCCUGCACGUCUCCAGGAUCCUGCUCAAAAAAGUGGAAGACUUCACUGGACCCAGAAAGAAGAGCGACCUGGGCUUCAUCACAUUCCACAUCUCUGCGGAUCUGGAGAAGACUUUCGACUGGAACGUCAAGCAGCUCUUCCUUUAUCUGUCGGCAGAAUAUUCCACCAAAAGCAACGCUGUGAACCAGGUGGUCCUCUGGGACAAGAUCCUUCUGCGAGGCGAGAACCCCAAGCUGAACCUGAAAGACGUCAAAAGCAAGUAUUUUUUCUUUGACGAUGGACACGGUCUCAAGGGAAACAGGAAUGUCACUCUGACUCUCUCCUGGCAAGUUAUACCGAUUGCUGGGAUCCUGCCUCUUGUGACUGGAUCUGGACGCGUGUCUGUCCCUUUUCCAGAUUCCUAUGAAAUAGCCACGACUUUCUGAAGAACUCUCUCUCUUUGCCUCGGAAAUGGGACAUGUGUGUACCUAAGGAAUUGUUUUUCUUUCUUCUUUUCCCUCAAGUCUUGCUGGCUUCUCUUUUUUUAUUUUAAAACCUGCUGGUUUUGUUCUGGGACUGGCUGAACUCAUACUCAUGCUUCCAUGUACCUAACAUGGAGACUUCAUUCAUUGAUCUUAGUGUGACAUUGGUUAUUACUCUUCCUUUGUGUAAGAAUUAGCAUCAAAUUGUAUAAUUGGAGGGAAAGGCUAAUAGAGUUCUGGAACAUCAUUCUACAAACAAAACAACAAAAGAAGUUCUCCGGAGUAGGAUAUUGUUAGACAGUUGGAUAAUGAGGCCUGAGAAUAAUACAGUUUUAUCAUAUUCAUUAUGUGGUUCCAUGUGAUCUAUAAAAUUUGUUCGGGGAGAAAUUAAAAAACAGAUGUAUUGGUAUUGUUAUAAUAGCUGUAUUUUAUUCCAGACAUUCCUUGUCGGUUCACACUUAAUGCCAUUUUCUUAUAUGUUCUAGGGUGUGUUUGAUUACUAGAAAAAUUGUGAUUCGUUUCUUAAAAGUCUGACAUGCAAAAUAGUUAAACAUGAGUCAGAAUGAGAAUUUACCCCCAUUUCAGAAAUCUUACUGCUUGCCUUUCUUGCCAGUAAAUAUGACCAUUUAAAUAGUGAAUGCCUCUUGAGACUGCAAAUGAUGACAAGUCACUUCAAGUCUCUUAAGUAAAUCAAAUGUGUGCUUUAUAGUAGUUUCUCUACAAAGAUUGCUGUGCAGUGUAUCUUUGUUAAAUGUUCUAGCACUGUUACUGGAGUUGGAAAAAAUGUUUGCAUGCUUACCCUGAGAUGCGUAUGUUCUAAUAUGUUUAAUGCCGUUAAAUAAAUGCUAACUGCUUAAAA